ACACCGCUGUAUCCUCGCCAUCUAGCGGCAGAAAGCGCGCUCCCUUUCGGCGUCACGCGGCUCCGGGGUCCUUCCGUCCCGCUGCUGUUAAGCUGAAAGUUCCCUUUCAAUCCGGAUACAAAGAAGCGUGGGGCUCUCUUUAAUAGCACCACCAUUAGCACGCUCCCUUGCCGGAGAGAUGCGGCGGAAAGAGAAAAGACUGUUGCAGUUCGCCGGGAUCCUCAUAGCGGCUCUGCUCUUCCUCCCUAACGUCGGCUUGUGGUCUUUGUACCGGGACCGGGUGUUCGACAGUCCACCGGACACGUUAGACGGACCGGGCGGUGUACCCCAGAAUCAGGGUUUGAAUCGACUACGGAAAGACAAUCAAAACGGACGCGAUAGCGUUUCGAGGAAAGACUGGCAUAACUACGAAGCAAUCAAAAGGGAUGCCGCCCGAUCCGGAAAUGGUGAACAAGGGAAAGCAUUCCCGCUCACGGACGCCGACCGGGUGGACCAGGCCUACAGGGAGAACGGCUUCAACAUUUACGUGAGCGACAGGAUCUCCCUGAACCGCUCCAUCCCUGACAUACGCCAUCCGAAUUGUAAACAGAAGCUGUACGCCGAGAAGCUUCCCAACACUAGCGUCAUCAUCCCGUUCCAUAACGAGGGCUGGUCGUCUUUGCUGAGGACGGUCCACAGCGUCCUCAACCGCUCUCCUCCACAACUCAUCGCCGAGGUCCUCCUGGUGGACGACUUCAGCGACAAAGUGUCUCUCGCCUACACUCCUCUCCGUGCGACUCAGCCAAGCAGAACACUGACUCACACGGAAGUAUGCAAACACUCCAAACUCUCUUUCUGUCACCUGGAAGGAAUUGUGUAAUAAGUCUAGCUCAACUUUUACACUGUUAAUUUGAUCAGCACAACAACGGUUCUGUCAAACAGCCCCCAGUCUGUGUGUAACAUCAUUUCUUUUGGAGUUUUAGACCUACACGGAAAAAAGAAAAGUAUUAAUCCAUCCAUCCAUCCAUUUUCUAUACUGCUUAUCAUUGUUAGCCGACUUGGGGCGUGAGGCGAGUCACCAUGGGCUGGUCGCCAGGCCCAAUCGGAUGGUACAUAUAGACAAAGAACCAGGGCUGCACAAUUAAUCGACAUCAAGGUUUUAAUUUCUGCAAUUAUUAAUCCCAAGAGCUAAAUAAAGGUGACCACAACAAUGGCAUUAUUGGAUUUAUUUUAACAAAAAAAUCUUACGGUACAUUAAACAUAUGUUUCUUAUUGCAAUCAAAGAACAAUUUUGGCCUCAAAU